AUGUCAUCUAUAAACAGAACCAAUGAAAGAAUUACAAAAAUUAAAGACGACAUGCAACAUCUCCUGAAGGAAAUAAAUGAAAAGCGUGAGUCCAACUGCUUGGUGGAAAGAAGCAAUCAAGUCAGCUUAUUGAGACCUCAGAAGAGGCACUUCAGUGGUGCCUGUAAUUCCUGUAGUCACACCCAAACCAAAGAGCCUGUUCCCGACAGUGGCAGGAGCUCCUGGGUCAAACUGAGCGUCCUUGUUCACACGGAGAAAAGGCACUUUCCACCAAAGAAUAAUGCUAUAUUUGGAUAA